AUGUCUGCAGACUCUGUGAAGUUGCUUGGGAAUUGGGCAAGUCCUUCUGCUCUCAGAGUCAAGUGGACUCUAAAACUGAAAGAAAUUGAGUACCAGUACGUUGAAGAAGACCUCUCAAACAAAAGUCCCCUGCUCUUGCAGUACAACCCUGUGCACAAAAAAAUACCAGUUCUUGUGCAUGAUGGCAAGCCGGUGGUGGAGUCGCUGAUUAUACUGGAAUACAUUGAAGAAACAUGGAAGCCUAAUCCAAUCCUGCCAGAAGAUCCCUAUGAACGAGCUCAGGCGCGCUUCUGGGCAAAAUUUGUUGACGAAAAGUGUGCGCCAUCAAUUAUGAGUGCAUUCACCAAGAAAGGGGAGGAGAAAGAGAAGGUUGCAAAAGAAGCAAGAGAGAAUCUUAAGAUCCUGGAAAGUGGACUUGGGGGAAAGCAGUUUUUCGGAGGUGAAAGCAUAGGCUUUGUGGACAUAACUGCUGGGUGGAUUGGAUUGUGGGCUAGAAUAGUCGAGGAGAUUGCAGAGGUAAACCUGAUUGAUACCGAGACCAUGCCACUGCUCAACGCUUGGUUUGGAAGAGUUCUUGAGUUUCCCAUUCUUAAAGAAUGCCUGCCACCUCAAGAUAUAUUGCUGGAGCACAGCCGAGGCUUUCACAAGAUUUUGACUGCAGCAUCAAGUUGA